AUGCAGCCUUUGGUGUCCUUGGACGCCUGGAAGGCCUACUUCACAGCCCUCUCCACCAGCAUUCCGGACGAGGAGAUCUUUAGGGAGACGCUGCGGGAGCCACUGCUGGCCUACCAGGCCUACGGCCGGCUCCAGGCGGAUCGGCUCAUCAUGGAGCCCAUGGGCCGCAACCAGCGGUGCAAGCUCCAGGUGCUGGGCAUCUUCCGUGAUGGGUCCCGGAAACUGCUGACGCUCCGCGACGACUCGGGCCUGGAGAAGCUGUCGGGCAGCGCGGGCUGCGGGGACGGCCAGCUCUGGGCCUGGGGAGAGCAGGUGCAGCAGGAGAUCGUACGGCGCCUGCAGGCGGAUGGCUACCCUGAGCUUCGGGCAGUGCGGCUGAAGCCUUCGUAG